GUUGUGGAACUCGGCCUUCGGUUGGGGAACUCGCCCACUCUCGCCCACUUCUCCCGGACACCGACCGGGCUUCAACUUUGCACGGGAGGAUAGGGGGAUGGCACAGGCGCCAUCUCCGACGCUCUUUCUGGCUACAACCCACGCCUGUGCAGAAGGGAUCCGCAAGGCGGCGCGUGCGGCGCAUGCUGUGGCUGUCACCCGCGACGCGCCACUCCCAACUUGGCUCCGCGACUUGGCGCGCUCGACGGCGUACGGCCUGGCCAGGCUGCCACGGCCGGUGGUGCAGAGUGCCGACGCUCUGGCCGCACAGGCGGGUACCGUCGAAGGCGGGAGCGUUAUGUUAGAUGCGGGAGCGGCGGCUGUGCUGGCGCUGGCGGCUGCAGGCUUGGCGGUCCUUGCCACCCGGCUCGUCCGGCGCUAUCCGACGGCCGGAUCGCUGCCGGAGCGGGCGUUUUCACGGAACCGGGUCAUCCGCGGGCGGGUUGUGGGUGUGGCUGACGGCGACAACCUGCGGAUUUACCACCAGCCGCCGCUGCUUCGGUGGCUGACCUCGGGCUGGACGCCUGAUCUGACGCGCAAGCUCGGGGCGACUACCGUCCACAUCCGCCUGGCCGGCAUCGAUGCGCCCGAGGCGCCACACUUUGGCCGACCAGGCCAGCCGUACGCCGAGGAGGCGCGGGCAUGGCUGGAGGCGUAUGCGUUGGGCAAGGCGGUCAAGGUCAAGCUACUGAAGCGCGACCAGUACGGCCGUGCCGUGGCGUCGGUCAAGGUGGACCGGCUGAGCAGGGCGAGCCCGGUUCCGCUCCCGGCGCUCUUCCCGUUUGCGUGGUGGAGCGAUGUGUCGAUGGCACUCGUCGACGCCGGCUUUGCCGACGUCUACACCUCGGGCGGGGCCGAGCACGACGGCCAGCUGGAGGCGUUGGAGUCUGCGCGCGACACUGCGCGCAAGCGCAAGCGCGGCAUGUGGCGGCUGGGUGCGGCGUACGUCUCGCCGAUGGAGUUUAAGGCCAAGCACAACGCAGCGGGCUGAGGCGUGCGCGGACGAACCGCUUACGGCAGCGCCAUGUAGUGCGAGGCGGCGUAGUUGCGGGUCACGCCGUGCUCGAUCUGGCGCUCGAUAUCAACAAGCAGACCGGGCGUGGCGCCGAUGCGGAAGUUGGCGGCGAGCCAGGCAAAGCCCAUCUCCUCGACGACCAUGGCCAUCCACUGGAGGGCGGCCUUGGGUGCGGCGAUGCCGCCACCGAUCUUGAGGCCUACAGUAAAGCCGGAAAUCUCGU